UAGAGCAACACAGCAGGCCAGGCAACAUCAAAGGAGCAGGAAAGCUGACGUUUCGGGUCGGGACCCUUCUCCAGAAAGUUGCAAAUGAAGCAGAUAGCUCUGUAAAGCAACCAGUCCUGGUUUGAAGAUGUGUUGACAUUUCUGUGGGUGACUGCGCGAUUCAGGGCGCCGAGGGUGUCUUUCUAUCACCUACACGUCUAGCUCUCUCCCCACUCCCCUGUAAACAGUUGCUGCCUCUCUGAGCUGCUGAGGACGGCUAUCAUUGGGUAGCUGCAAUGUCAAUCUCCCUGGAGGGACGAAGUCAUGUGUUACAAUGUGUUACAAAGUUGUGUUCAGGCUGCAGCGCGAUCGCACAAAUUGCUGACUUGGGAACUGAAGGCUGCAAAAUGGGUUCGUAUUCGUCACAUCUGUCCAAGAUCGAGGAUCUGCAAGGAAUUAUCCAGGAGACGGGCUUCACUAAGGCUCACAUCUGUCGUCUCUACGAUCGAUUUGAAGAGUUGGACAAAAGUAACAAGGGAAGUUUGAGCCGGGAAGAUUUCCAACAGAUCGGAGAGCUUGCUGUGAAUCCGCUUGGAGAUCGGAUAAUCAAUGCUUUCUUCCCCAAUGAGAAACAGUCUCUGGACUUCCGCUCAUUCAUCCGGAUCUUGGCAUGCUUCCGACCCACGGUAAAGAACAAGUUAGCUGAUCCCAAUGCACCAGAGCCAAUUAAUAGUCGAAACAACAAGCUGCGGUUUGCUUUCCAACUGUAUGACUUGGACAGAGAUGGGAAAAUCUCCAGGGAGGAACUUAUUCAGGUAAAGUCUGCAAUGAGACUGCAGUGACAUUUGGAAAUCAGGAUAAUG